AUGCUUCGGAUGGUCCUGGAACAAACAAACACAAGUCUGUUUCAAGAUUGCGUCGAUGCUCUUUUGUUGGAUCUAUCUUCAGAUAAAAAGAAGAAAGAUUUCCACGAUUAUUUCAAGCAGGAGUGGUUGCCAAAUAAAGAACAUUGGGCGUUUUGUUACAGGCUUGGGCUUGGAAUCAACACCAAUAUGUUCGUCGAAGCAUUCCACCGUGUAUUCAAACGGAACUAUCUCGGGGGGAAAGUCAAUAAACGCGUGGAUGUUUGUUUGCUGAAUUUGCUGAAAUUCGCACGUGAUCAGUGUUUUGGCCGAAUGAUUCAACUAACGAAGGGGAAGGCGAGCUAUCGAGUGAAGGCCAUUCAAGAACGGCAUAGGCGUGGCCUUGCUUUACCUCUGGAGAAAGUCGUACAUGCGAAUGAAAAUGCAUGGAAAGUGGAAUCAAGCGACGGCAAGAACAUCUACGAAGUUCAGCGUUUACGAGAUAAAUGUUCAGAAACGAAAUGUCAUCUUUCCUGCAUUGAAUGUGGCAUAUGUAUUCAUUGCUUCGUGUGUACUUGUCCAGACUCGCUUAUUCUUCAUACUAUAUGCAAGCACAUUCAUAUUGUCCAACGAGCGCUGUCUUUUGCCAAAGACAACAGCAUAGAUUGCGAAGCUGUGAUUUUGUAG